AUGGAACCAACAGAAGCUGGUGAUGAAAUCGAUUGGGAUACGAUCCAUGACUGGACAUACAGAUUAUUGUGUAGUAUUCAUUCAGCACAGGAGAUUAAAAAGUCUAUAGAGAUUCUUUUCGAGAAAUUUAUACAAUCAAACUCUGAGGUUUCGGUUUAUACAUGUUUUCAAAAGGAGUGUUUUACUUUUAUGGAUCUUAGUGCUUCAAGAAGGUAUUCUGUUAUGCAAUUUGUUCUCUUGUUAGACCUAGAUUUUAUAUGUGAACGUAUUUUAGCUUUAUUGUCAAGUAAUAACUUGAAGUUGAUCAAUUGGUCCCACAUACUUCAACUUAUAUCUGUUAUGAUAUGUGUUAAAGGAGGUGUAUCCACUAUUAAGUUUAUUAUUCGUCAACUUCUACUCUCCUUAUUCAAUCCGUCGAUGAAAUUGGAUAGUCCAGAGACUGAGAAGUUAGAAUUGAAUUAUAUACAUUUGUUGGAUGAUGUAUUCAAUGAAGAUGAAAAUGAAGGCGAUAAUAAUAAUAAUAAUAAUAAUAAUAAUAAUAAUAAAGAUGCUAAAGAACAAGAUAAACAAAUUUUGACUGCAGCCUUACUAUUUGCUCGUCAAUUAUGCUGUGAAGAUAGUCGAUUGACAGGAAUUAACUAUAGUCAAUGGUGGAGUGAAACAUUUUGUACUCCGUUACAAUUCUCAUUAACAAAUACUACACUUUUAGAUAAUAAUUAUUCACUGUAUUGUAUACUUUCAUCACGAUCUACUGUAUUUUAUUUUUGUGAUCUAUUGAUUGAAUUAUUACCAUUUGAGACAGAUGCAAAAUUUCUUCAAAUACAAUUGAAUACAAAGCUUAAUUGGUUUAAUAAUGUAAAGAAAUUGACUAACUCUAAUCGAAUGAGAACUAAUGUAGGAAGAGGGGAGUAUCAUCAGUUAAGAAAUACUGGAUUAUCUCUUCCACAUAUUGUUGAUGAUGAUGUUGAUCAAAUUCUGAUGCCCAUAGAUCUGGAUCCAAUAAAUACAACUGAUGAUAUUGAUUAUGUAGAAGCUUGUAUGAAUCGAUGGAAUGACUAUUGUGAUAUUGCUCGAGGGCGAUUGGCUGAAUUGAGAGAGCAUUGUAGUUCAACGAGAAUUGUGCUAACGGACAAAAAGACUUCAGUUUGUUUACGUGAUUCACCUACUCCAGGCUGGAAUGAUAUUCUCAGUUGGUUGCACGAGAUUUUGGCACAGCGUUCAGUAGUAGAUAAAGAUGUUAAUCAAGUGUCUAGUUGUCGUUUACCUUCAGAGUGGAAUGAAGUCAAUCUAUUUCGCCCUCGUUGGCUUCGAUGUACACUGAUUCCAGCUCUAAUACAUGCACCUGAGAUAGAAGAUUUGUCCAGAGAAUUAAAAGAUGCUCGAGAACAACUCUUACAUGCAAUACGUACAGCAGGAUUAUCACAUCUAUUGGAUAAUUCACAGGAUAUCUCUAAAUUUGAUACAAUGAAACAAAUUACUUCAAAGAAACGAUUCAAUGUUUCUACAAACAACUCUUCAUUAUGUAAACAGCCUAAAGUUUCAUCCAAUAAAUUAUCAUCUAAUAAACGAUUGAAAUGCCAUGGUAACCGUCAAACUGUUAACCGUCUUGUAAAGAAGAAGGGUCAAUAA